CGCUUCGGACUAGUGCGCGCUUGAAAUUUGCUCUGCGGAUCAGUGCGAGCGAUUCAGUCGGCAAAGCAACAGCAUUAACCGUGUGGUGUCCGAUGCUAACAAACGACUGUGGAGAGUUACUUAAACAAAAUUGAAUUAAAUUAAAAAUAAUUAGAAUAUUUAAGUGAAGUGUUAAAUGAAGACAAGGCAGUAAAAUGAAUUCCAAAAUUGUAUUAGGCCUACUGUCACUAGCUGUCCUCGCAGCUAUCACACCUACCUCAAAUGGCGCUAGAAUACUCUCGGUCUACUCAUUUCCUGGCAAAAGUCAUUUCAUGAUGCAGACAGCUGUGAUUAAAGAGUUGGUUAGGAAUGGACAUCAGGUGACUUUAAUAACAGCCUUUUCACUGGCGUCACACAAAUUGGGCGCCAACUAUACUGAGAUACUUAUUGAGCCGGUCUAUGAUUUCUGGAAGGAUGUCAAAGAAGAUGCCGGUGCACGCGAUAUCUUCGAGUUCACCACUAUGGAUGUUGCGGGCUUCCUGCAGAUGUUGCAAGUUUUGGGCGUGGCCACCACCGAACACGCGCUUAAGCAACCCAAAGUACAAGCCAUCAUCAACGCCAAGCAAACUGAGAAUGUUUACGAUCUACUGUUGGUUGAGCAGUUCUAUCAAGAAGCCUUCUUGGCGCUUAGUCAUAUUUACAACAUCCCAGUGGUGAGCACCAGCACAUUGGGCUAUGAGAAUCACAUGAGUCAGAUGUUUGGAGUAAUAUCGCCUUGGUCCUAUGUGCCGCAUGGUUUUCUACCCUAUUCCGAUCGCAUGAGUUUCUGGGAGCGUGUGCAAAACACCUAUAACUCACUCUAUGAGGACUUGCAUCGUGAGUAUGUUUAUUUCCCCAUAAUGGACGAUUUGGUGGCGAAGUACUUCGGACAUCUGCCAAUUAACUUUCCGAAAGUAACCGCCAUGGAGAAGAAUCUCUCGGCCAUUUUGUUGAAUAGUUUUGCACCUUUGACUAGCGCACGUCCCACCAUAGACGCCAUGGUGCCUGUUGGUGGCAUGCAUAUUUAUCCACCCAAAGCUUUACCUGCGGAUAUACAGAAGUUCUUGGAUGAGGCGGAGCACGGCGCCAUUUACUUCAGUUUGGGUAGCAAUGUGGAGAGCAAAGACAUGCCGCCGGCUUACUUGAAGAUCUUUCUCGACGUCUUCCGCAGCAUGAAGCAGCGUGUGCUGUGGAAGUUCGAAAAUGAGAGCAUCAUCAAUUUGCCACCGAAUGUUAUGGUGAAGAAGUGGAUGCCACAGAGCGAUAUACUGGCACACCCCAAUGUGCGCGUGUUCAUCACGCACGGCGGUUUACUGGGCACACAGGAGGGUGUACACCACGCAGUGCCCAUGUUGGGCAUGCCCUUCUACUGUGAUCAACACUUGAACUUGAAGAAAGCCGAACUCUACGGUUAUGCCAUCAGCUUGCACUUUCAAUCCAUCACCUUUGACAUACUGAAAAAUGCGCUCACCGAAUUGUUGGAGAACCCCAGCUACCGUGAAAAUAUCAAACGUAUCUCCAGCAUUUUCCAUGAUCGUCCGUUGAAUGCGCGAGACACCGCAGUCUAUUGGAUUGAGUAUGUGAUACGUCAUAAGGGUGCGCCACAUUUACGUGCCGCCGGCCUCGACUUGAAGUGGUAUCAAUUCUAUUUGUUGGAUGUUAUUGCUUUUGUUGUUGGUGGCAUUGUGUUGGCUGUGCUGGUGUUCGUGGGAUUGGUGCGUUUCAUUUUGCGUCGCUUCCGCAAUGGAAGUAAGCAGAAACAGAAAAGGCAAUAAAUGUGAUUUUUUUUAAUAAUUUAGUAGACAAAAAAUAAAUGAGAAUUCUAUUUUUUAA